AUGCGCUUGUAUGACGUAGGCUGGGCGUUUGCUGCACCGGUCGGUCACAUUAGCUUGCGUUCCAAGUCGGGGUCGAGGUGUGCGCUCCCGAACCGGGGACGUGAACCUUUGCGACCGCGGGUGUAUGAAGCGUUGGGUUCGGCGAAGACCGCGAGACACUGUGUCUGUGCGCGGUUACCGGCACCAGCAGUACCGGCUAUUCAACACACGUCCAGAGAGUCGAACGCGAGCUCUUACGCUGUCGUCGACGUGCUCUGGCCCGUGCUGCAGCGAGCGUGCACGCACAUUGAGUCGAAGGAUUCGCUGGAGCGCAUCUUCCAAGCACUUCGACUAUGUGCUGAGUUACCCGGUGAAGAGUCCAUGAUCAGUGUUCGCAAUGCGGCUUUUCUUGCGCGUCUCGGAGUCGACGCUGAUACGAUCUGUGCAGCGCUCGUGGAUGCGCUUCCGCGAACCCUGCUGCGUUACCCGCCCUUGGAUGGCGCUGUUCGGGCGAUUGUCGAAGACCUUGAUGCACUACGUGCCAUCGAACAAUCUGCCUUAGUGGAUAUCGGCGAUCUUGAUGAGCAGAACGCACGACGUCUUCGCGAGUACAUUUUGAUAGCUUUGCGCGAUGCACGCGCGGUACUGGCACGCUUGACGCAAGUGCUGCAAGACUUGCAACAGAAGGUCGAGUCCGAAUCACCGGCGUAUGACCAGCAGGCGCUAGCACUGCUCGUGCUACAGGUCCACGUUCCGCUGGCGUACGCGCUGGGCCUGGGCGCUGUCAUGUGGCCUCUGGAAGAUCUCAGUUUCCGGAUUUUGUUCCCGUUAUCGUAUCGGGCGUGCGAGUCGUGGCACGCGCAUAUCUGGGAGCAAGCAGACCAGCUUAUUCAAGAAGCGUGCGCCACGCUCCUGGCAUCGUUGCAGAAUGAUCCGGAGCUGCGGCGAUAUCGCUACGAAAUAACCGGCCGCGCAAAAAACCUCUUCUCUACGUUCAAAAAGAUGCUUCGUAGCGGGAAGCGGCGUGAGGAUAUUCUCGACAUUGUGGCUUUACGCAUCGUCAUCGACGGCAUCGAUGAAUCCACUGACCAACAUGAAGUAUGUAUGAAGGUUUACAAGCACGUCAUCAAGGUAUGGCCGGAGUUGCCGGGACGAUUUAAGAAUUAUUGUGACCAGCCCAAGGCGAACGGCUAUCGAUCGCUGCAUACCACGCUCAGGCAUCCGCAAGGCCUGCCCCUGGAAGUGCAGAUACGAUCACGAGAAAUGCAUGUAGAUGCCGAGUUUGGCCUAGCUUCGCACAGGCUUUACAAAGGCCUGAUCACCGCGAAUGCGUCUAAGAUUCGUGAAUUCAGCAGCUUUGCAGAGACGGUUCGUCUCGAGAAUACGCAUGUGCUGACAGACGCUUGUUCUUUCCAGAUCGACGCCGCUGGUGAGCACCUCCAUAUGGCGAAUGCAGAGGUGCAGUGA